UUUAAGAGAAACGAACAAGAGAGCGUGAGCUCAUAUUGGUGACUGAGACGGAAAUGUUUUGCUAGAAGUUCUCUGUCAGCCACUGAAUUUCUUACUGUAAGGUGAUAAGUGGUCUCUGGUUCUUGGUGUGAAGUUUACGGCGGCGUUGGUGGCGGGGUUUGCCUCCUGUAAUAGCCAGAGUCUGAAUCACAGUCAUUUGACAACACUUCAGCGUGACACAGGAAGAGAGGAGGGAGAGCAGUUCAGCCUCUGUAGCGACAUGCAGUAAUGACCGACCCUCUGGGCAGAGGGGUGUUUUUGUGGUCUAACUGCUCGGCCUCCAUAGACAAGCAGUGAAAAUCAUGAUCAGUGAAAUCGUCAUCGUACAGCAUCCAGUGUCAGUGUGUGUCCCGCAAAGCUACUCCGUUACUCUGAGCGUCCGGGCCGUGGGGACGGGGUCGCUGAAGUACCAGUGGUUCCAGUCAGAGGAAGAGGUUCCUGGUGCAACUGGAGCAGAUUUGGUCAUCAGCGUGCAGAAGACCGAGCUUUACAUAUGCAGAGUGAAUGACCAGAAAGGCAACUUUGUCUUCAGUGAAUGGGCUAAAGUGAAGGUCUGGGACAUUGCAAAGCCUGUGACAAGGCUUCCCGGCACAUGGCAGGGGGAGCCCCACAUCGCGGUGCACCCCACCUCUCAGGCCGUCCGACGCGGGGAGAAGGUGACACUCCGGUGCUUCGCCUUUGGGAUCCCCGCACCCCAGUAUCAGUGGUACCGAAACGGAAACCCUCUGCAGGGCAAGACGAAGGAAAUGCUGCAGAUUGAAAAGUUUGAUCGAGAGCAUGAGGGUGCCUAUCUGUGUGCCGUGUCCAACGUGCUGGAGGAGAAAUGGACUGAGCCAGCGGACGUUAGUAUAGUGGUGCCAGAAACACUCCCAGCAAAGAGACUCACAGCGACGGACAAAGUGGCACUUCUGAUUGGGAAUUUGAACUACUCCCACCACCCCCCACUCAUGGCACCCAUGAGAGAUGUUCACGAGCUGGCCAACCUUCUGCAGCAGCUGGGCUUUAGAGUGGUGUCCCUGCUGGACCUCACCAAGGCCGAGAUGCUGGCUGCCAUCGACAAAUUUCUGCAGCUGUUGGACAGGGGUGUUUACGCUCUCUUCUACUACGCGGGUCACGGGUACGAGUGUGCUGGGAGGAACUACCUGGUGGCCAUUGAUGCGCCACAGCCAUAUCGCCCGGAGAACUGCGUCAGCGUGCAGCGGGUGAUGCAGAACAUGCAGGAGAGACGCACGGCUCUCAAUGUCAUCCUGCUGGACACCUGCCGAAAAUGGUACAACCAGCACUGUGCCAUAUCAGAAAUAAGGUCACUGGCCCCCUUGGGGAACACUGUAUAUGGAUAUGCCACGUGUGAAGACGCGGAGGCCUUCGAGGUGCAGGAUGGUGAGAGGAGUUCUGGAAUCUUCACUAAGUACCUGAACAAGCACAUCCUGCAGCCGGAGAAGGUGACCCACGUCCUGGAGCAGGUGUCUGAAGAUUUGGGCCGGGACCCUCUGGUGACGGGGAGACAGGUUGUGGAGAUCCGGCACACGCUGAAGGACCCGCGGGCCCUCAGUGACCCGAUCCAGAGCACCGGACAUACCAGGGAGCUGAGGCUGAGGGACGUAUGCUGGAGAAACGCCAACGAGUUGCCAGAACGACGGACCCUGGCGUUUCCGUGCGGCGCGGAGGUGGAGCUCAGCUUCUCGGCCUUGUUCUCCAACGUUGUCAUCGUCUUUGCCGUGGUGAAGGCCACCGGCUGCCAAGUCCUUGACUGCAGCGUCCUCCUGAGGACAAACCCUGUAAUGGAAGAUGUUUUCUCAAACGAAGGCUGUUCAGAUAGAAUGGACUCUCUGCUGCUAAAGGGUGCUAAUAAUCCUGACUGCAGUCUCCGACUGUGCGGACUUCAGAAACUCCAGAAAUCUGUAGUAAUAGAGGUGGAUCUGCACUACACCCAUACGGACAGUAAGCUAAGGUUGACGGAAACCAGGCGGCACGACAUCGGGAGGCCGUUGAUGGCCCGUUGUGAGCUGCACGCGAGAAAGCAGGGGGAGGGAGCCGAGGGGCGCGCGGGCGCCCCCUUCCGGACCAUAGACCACAUGCCCGUGCGCAAGCAGCCACCUCGGCAGCCUCUCGGACAGCCGUGCCGCCCGUCAACCCGUAAGGCAGAAAACGCUUGGAAGUUUGCCGAGAAACAGCCGCCUGGGAGGAGCAAUGAACCGGAGGAGAACGACGAGAACGAACUGCUGGGACGAGUCUAAUGAACUUCUUAAAAGCACCGCUCUUCCAGUUGUUCCCCUCUCCGGCACGUGCAGAACUGCACUGACUGCCUAAGACGAAAGUGAUAGAAAACAUACCGCUGAUACUGCAAGUGAUACUGCAAGGUUUUCAAACACAGACACUGUAUUAAUGAUCAGAAUAAGUGCGGGUGCAGAUGUUUGGUAUACGUGUAUAUAUAUGGAAAUGUGUGCGUGUGUGUGGGGGAUCAGUGAGGGGUAUGGUGAUUGAAGGGGAAUUUUGUUUCACCAAUCAUUUACCGGUUUACAUGACACUUAAAUAUUUUAAUGAGCAUUAUUUAUUUUGCAAGGUAAAGAAAUAUACUCAACUGCAAGACAACUGGCAGAAGACGUUUCAGGAUUGUAUUAAUUUAUAUUUAUCAAUCACUUGUAAUUUUUUAAUAUAUUUAAAGUGUUUUCUGUCUUUAGAAACGGAUUAAUUCAAUGACAUGAGUAAUUUUAAUUAUCGUUUCGAUUUUUUUCCUUUUCUCGUACGCAUUGUCGCAGUGUAUGUACUACACCGACUAUGUUCAAAAUCAAACGGGAUAUUUCAUGUUAAAAAUUGCGUUUUCGUUGAGUUUUCCACAUGGCUCUUCAUUGUCUUUCUCACUGUAAGUUGAUAGAAUAGCUGAUUUUUAUUGUUAAACAUAUAAUUGAUCCCGAACUCUUCAUUUUUUUAAACCCAUUUUCCAGUGUGCUGUUAGCUGGCGGUGGCGGAGGAAAGUGUUCUCAUUGCAUGCUUGUAUAAAAAAUUAUUUGAUGUUUCUUCCCUGUUGCACUUGGAGGACCUACAAAAAUACAGAUGAAUUAGUAUCUAUAAACCACGUUUUAAACGAACAAAACCAGUGAUUAGCCUACUUGCUAGGUGGUGUGUUUCUUAAUAAAUCUUGAAAAA